CGCAACCAUCCCAGUCCCGGAGCUCGCUCCAUCUCCAGCGCCGUCAUGGCAUCUGAAAUACCGGAUCCCCAGACUUUGAAGUCAUGGAAGGAGGCAUUUCAGUAUCCAAUUCCCACGGUGCGGCGUGUGGAGCAGGAGCUUCGCCGGGACAUCGCGAGCAAUAAGGAGAAGCUACGUGCGCUGGUCGGAACGAGGUAUAGGGAAUUGCUCGGAACUGCCGAGACCAUUGUGGCUAUGAAUCGCGAAAUCCAACAAGUGGAUUCGAGUCUGGCGGAUAUCGGCCAUCGGUGCAAUCCGAGGCUGAUCGAAAAGAAUUAUACAACCCAUGUUGCUCAGAUAAAAAGCGAAGCGAGGACAGAGGAUGCAGAGAAGCAGACUGCAGGCGCGCAGCUUGCGCUUUUGCAUCGGUCGACGACCCUGAUCUCGAAACUCUUGAGGAAGAAGAGCUCACCGUUGCUGAUCGCGAAGCUCGUGGUCGUCUCUCGCCUGAUACACAAGACCUUGUCGGAGCAGCAGACUAUGCCGCCAUUCCUGGAGACCUUGCGAAAUCAACUGGCUACCCUUAGACAGACUCUGCUCAGGCGCGUUGAUAAACGCUUGGCUGCUGCCAGUUCAACGACCGAGGACAUUCUCGAAACGUUAGCGGCGUACUGUCUUGCGACGAGUAGUUCUUCCGAUGGCGCCAUCAAUCACUUCCAUAAGGUUCGCUUGGAUGGAAUCAGCAGUCAACUAGCGCUGAACAAUCUUUCUGACACGCACGUCCUGAAGGCUUUGAAGCUGUAUAUCCGGACGCUUCAGACUACCAAGGUUCUCUUGUCACGUCGACUGUCCGAUACGCUCGGAAAACUCAAAGCGCGCCCUAUUUUGAGUGACCCGGAGAUUCGAGCUCUGGACAACUUGGACAUUGACAUCCUCGGGCGCUGGGUCGCUGUGGAUGUCAAGAACUUUACGCCCUGGAUCAAGACGAAUGAAAUGUCCAAAGCCGAAUCCGAAAAGGUCAUGAAAACAUGGUCUACCCAAGCGCUGGAUCGUUUUGUGUCAGGCUGCCAGGACGCGCUCGCAACCUGGAACGAUUUCUCGGGACUCAUUGCUCUUCGCAGGAAAACACUGGAAGGCUGGCUGUCUUCCAAGGCGUCAACACCCACCCAUUCAUCGUUAGCUGUCUUGGACGGUAUUCGGAAAGUCUUCAAUGAAUCAAUCACCAGACUUCUAUCGACCCAAGCUCAAGCCUUGGAACACUUUGGCCAGCAAGUUUCAUUGACAAUUACAACAUGGGACGAAGUUGAGCACAGUGGAGCGCAAUCGCUGUGGGAUUCUAAAUUGCUAAAUUUUGAGUACUCGAACGGCGCUGCUGGCCUCAAACAAGUGAUUACUGAUAGGCUGCUUGGUCGCGACGAGAAUGUCAAUGCUUCUUUGAAGAACUAUCAGACUUGGCUAGCAGACAUUCGUCGCUCUGGAGAACUACUCGCUGGACUGCGGGUGAUCAAAUGGAAUGAGAUCAUUGAUGAGUACGAUGAUGAAGACCCUGAUUUGGAUGUCGCCACCAUAUUGAAUGAAGACGACCCUCGUCUACUAUGGGAUGCUCUGAAGGAAGCAAUCGGAAAGUCAUUCGAGAAUUUACAGGCUGCCUUCGGUACUGCUUUUGACAUGUUUGAAACGUCGAACCAAAGCGGCAAAUCAACCUUUAUGUUGCGCCUAAUUCGACAGAUUCGAAGAGACGCUCCUGCUGAGUUUAUGGAGAAGAGGUUCAUUUUCGCGCAAAGUAUUGUUCCUGCAUUGCAGAAGAUGCUCACUACGGAGGUUGUCAACCGAACAGACGUCCAGAAGUUGAACUUUGGCAAUGCCAAACGGGUUCCAGGCAGAACGCUGUGGGAAGGAGAGCCUUCUCUCCCAUCCCAACCAUCUCCAAAUGCAUUUAGGUACUUGCGGCGGCUGAUGUCUCUGUUGGAAGAACUUGGUCAGGACCUGUGGGAUCCGUCGACGAUGCAGGUGCUCCGAGACAUCCUGGACACGGAACUGUCGGCUACGUUCAAGGCAGCCUACGGCAACACCUGCAAACCCCCAGCGACGGCUACAAACGAGCAGCACCAGCCUGCCGAGCUAGAGACAACAGACAAGCCUGAUCGCUCGGUCGAUGACCAGGACUCUCAAGACACAAGAACAGAAGACCAUAUCCGGGACAUCAGAAUCCAGCUCUUGUUCGAUAUCUUGUUCCUUCAGAAUGCGCUCGCUCCUCCAGCUGCAGCAUCCACUAAACUAGGUGACAUGGUUGUCGAAAUAAAGGAUAGUCUUGAUCUCGAUAGUACCACGACUGAGGGUCUAAAGAAAACUGCCACGGAAUAUUGGAAACGUACGCAGUUGCUCUUCGGGCUUCUGGUGGCUGAAUCAAAUUGAUUGAGCUGGUACCCUGGGAUUGUGAUUGAUCGGGAGGUAGAUCCUGGAAUCCAUUGCGUGAUUUUAAGCUAUAUUAUUAUAUUCAUCUUCUCUGUAAAUAAAGAGUUCAUUGACAGUGUGGUAGUAAUUAUUCAACUGACUAUUGGUUACGCACCCAAGUCAACAGUGGCCAAUGACCACCCAGUCUAUUACAUAUACC